AUGUCGGACACAGACGUCCUAAACCUGAAUGUCACCGUGCCUGUGAUGGAAAAUAAAACAAAGCCGUGGCCAGUGAUGGUAUUUGUCCAUGGCGGAAACUUUGCCGGAGGUUCUCCAGCCUGGCCUCAGAAUGAUCUCGCUCGUUUCGUCAAGAGAUCUAAAGAACUCGAUAUGCCUCUCAUUGCCGUCAGCAUCAGCUACCGAGUCGGCGCUCUUGGAUUUUUGACAUCGGAGGAGCUCAGGAGCAGUGGCCUAACCGGUAAUAAUGGGCUUCGCGAUCAAAUUACAGCACUCUUGUGGUUGAAAUCCAAUAUUGGAGGCUUUGGGGGUGAUCCAGAUAAUAUCACUUUCGUCGGGCAGAGCGCGGGUGGUGUAUCCGGGAUGCUUCAUCUGUCUAGCAAGGUGCCGCUUUUUAAGCGGCUCGCAUGUCUAGGAGGGCAGUUUCUAGCUGUGCAACCACUCCCUGGAUCCGUACAUGAAGAGCUCUACUCCACCGCUACCGCCAUAUUGGAAUUGCAGGGACUGCCGACAGAGGAGCGGCUUAAACAGCUUCAAAGCCUCCCGUGCGAGGAUUUGCACAAGCUUCAUGCGCUGCCUAGUCGUCCUGUCCUUGAUGGUGACAUUUGCAAUGUCUUGCCCACAUUCGCCAGCUUGGAACGGGGUAUCCCAUCCACUUUGCAUCAAGGGCGGUGCCAGGAAAUCUUCAUCGGAGAUUGUGCAUUUGAUGCAUCCAUUCUGGCCGGCGUUCUUGAGAAAUCAAAAGAUGACAUCGCCUCACGGUUCAUCGCCCACCUCUCAGAGACCCUCCCCGAUAAACGCGAACUUAUCCAUGACCUCCUCGUCGCAUACAGCCUAGACAGCACAUCCAGCCCCAAGGAUCAAGAAGCCGUCGAGGCCAUCCUGCAAUUCGGUCACGAUAUCGCCUUCUACGCCCCCGCCUUGACCAUCGCGGAGGCGUGGGACGGACCAUCGUACCUCUACCACUUCAACGAACCAAAUCCCUGGCCUGGUCGCUGGCAAGGCCGGUCGUCGCACCUAACCGACCUUGCCUUCCUCUGGCACAAUUACGACGAGUUUCUAUCGGACGACCAGCGGCAAACGAGCCGGCAGUUCAGCGCCGACCUGAUUUCAUUUGUGAAUGGCCGGGCUCCUUGGCCUGCUUUCCACCCACCGUCUGCAUCGCUCGUCCGCACGUACGGCUCCAGCAGUGACGGUUCAAUCGCGGGGUUGGCGAUGGAGAAGUCAUCAGCUUCAGGCCGUCGGGCGGUUAUCUUCUCGUUGAUCGAAAAGGGCGGGGCGGAUUUAUUGCUUGAGGCUUUCCGCAGCUUUUUGGCAAAAUGUUAG